CGUACAAAACUUCUUCACUGGGAAUAUAAAGCAAUGCACAGAAACUACUCUGGCAUCAAAAGAAAAAAGUUCCUCUUUCACUUCUUGCUAAUAGGACAAAUGCCGAGGAAGGGAAUUCCCAAAUCAAGAUAGGAGGAAGGCUGACAUUAAAGAGAAGAAGGAGAAAAAAAUAUGAAAUACCAAAUCCUUGCUCACUGAGUAAUCGCUAACUCUUAGAGUGCAUUUCUUCAGAAUUUUUUAACACUCACCUCUGCAGUCAGAGUCGAAGAGGAAUUCUUGCCAGUGAGAUGAUUCUCGGCUUGAGCUGACUCCUGAUGAGCUCGGCGCCCCAUCUUGGCUCCCUGUAAGGAGAGAUGAGGGGCACUGCUGACCCAAACGUCUUUGAGCCACUACGAGGAAGACAAUCCUGCCAAGAGAAGCAGGGAACAGAAGCAAUGGCCGAGGCAGAAGACAAGCCGAGGUGCUGGUGACCUGGGCGACCAAGUGGAUUAUUGGGGCUGCUCUCCAGGGGCUGUCCCCCCUGCCUUCUAAUUGCACAUAAGCCCACAUCCCAGCCAAUGAAGAUGAGAGGCAGCGUGAACAGAGUCAUUUAGAAAGCCCCCGGGGAAGUGUAAACAAAAGAGAAAGCAUGAAUGGUGUGCCCGAGAGACAAGUGUGUCCUGUGCUGCCCCCAUCUUUAGCUGGGCCAGCAGCGGCCUAGCCCUGCCUCUCCCCACCUACUCACUGGUGAUCUUUUUUUUUUUUUUUUUUUUUUUUAAUUUUUUUUUUCUUUUCUUUUCCAUCCUCUUUUCUUAUUCUCCUUCAGGGCAAGGCAAGGAUUUUGAUUUUGGGACCCAGCCAUGGUCGUUCUGCUCCUUCUUUAAAAUACCCACUUUCUCCCCAUCGCCAAGCGGCCGUUUGGCAAUAUCAGAUAUCUGCUCUAUUUAUUUUUACCUAAGGAAAAACUCCAGCUCCCUUCCCACUCCCAGCUGCCUUGCCACCCCUCCCAGCCCUCUGCUUGCCCUCCACCUGGCCUGCUGGGAGUCAGAGCCCAGCAGAACCUGUUUAGACACAUGGAGAAGAAACCCAGAGCUUCAAGGCACACAGUCGGCUUCUUCGUGCUCAGGGUUGCCAGCGCUUCCUGGAAGUCCUGAAGCUCUCGCAGUGCAGUGAGUUCAUGCACCUUCUUGCCAAGCCUCAGUCUUCGGGAUCUAGGGAGGCCGCCUGGUUUUCCUCCCUCCUUCUGCACGUCUGCUGGGGUCUCCUCCUCACCAGGCCUCGCAGCCCCCGGGCCUCUCUCCCCUGCUCACGCAUGAAGAUGCACUUGCAAAGGGCUCUGGUGGUCCUGGCCCUGCUGAACUUUGCCACGGUCAGCCUCUCCAUGUCCACUUGCACCACCUUGGACUUCGACCACAUCAAGAGGAAGCGGGUGGAAGCCAUUAGGGGACAGAUCUUGAGCAAACUCAGGCUCACCAGUCCCCCCGAUCCAUCGGUGUUGGCCAACAUCCCCACCCAGGUCCUGGACCUUUACAACAGCACCCGAGAGCUGCUGGAAGAGGUGCACGGGGAGAGGGGAGACGACUGCACUCAGGAAAACACCGAGUCGGAGUACUAUGCCAAAGAAAUCUAUAAAUUCGACAUGAUCCAGGGGCUGGAGGAGCACAAUGACCUGGCCGUCUGUCCCAAAGGAAUCACCUCCAAGAUUUUCCGCUUCAACGUGUCCUCAGUGGAGAAAAAUGAAACCAACCUGUUCCGAGCGGAAUUCCGGGUCUUGCGGAUGCCCAACCCCAGCUCCAAGCGCAGCGAGCAGAGGAUUGAGCUCUUCCAGAUCCUCCAGCCGGAUGAGCACAUAGCCAAGCAGCGCUAUCUUGAUGGCAAGAAUCUGCCCACGCGGGGCACUGCUGAGUGGCUGUCUUUCGACGUCACAGACACUGUGCGUGAAUGGCUCUUACGAAGAGAAUCCAACUUAGGUCUGGAAAUCAGCAUUCAUUGUCCAUGUCACACCUUUCAGCCCAAUGGGGAUAUCCUGGAAAACAUUCAAGAGGUGAUGGAAAUCAAAUUCAAAGGUGUGGACAGUGAGGAUGAUCCAGGCCGAGGAGAUCUGGGGCGACUGAAGAAGAAAAAGGAGCACAGCCCUCAUUUAAUCCUCAUGAUGAUUCCCCCAGACCGGCUGGACAACCCAGGCCAGGGAGGUCAGAGGAAGAAGCGGGCCCUGGACACCAAUUACUGCUUCCGCAAUCUGGAGGAGAACUGCUGUGUGCGCCCUCUCUACAUUGACUUCCGACAGGAUCUGGGCUGGAAAUGGGUCCAUGAACCUAAGGGCUACUAUGCCAACUUCUGCUCAGGCCCGUGCCCAUACCUCCGCAGCGCAGACACUACCCACAGCUCAGUGCUGGGACUGUACAACACCCUGAACCCUGAAGCCUCGGCCUCCCCUUGCUGCGUACCCCAGGACUUGGAGCCCCUGACCAUCCUGUACUAUGUCGGGAGGACCGCCAAGGUGGAGCAGCUCUCUAACAUGGUGGUGAAGUCCUGCAAGUGCAGCUGAGGCCCGCCUGCUACAGAGAGAGAGGAGGGAUUGCCACUGCCUGCCUGCCUGCUCCUCGGGAAACACAAACGCGAUGGACCUCACCUCGAGGCCUGGCCCACAACCUUCAGCUCCAGGCAGAUGGCUGAGACGGGGAUUCCCUUUUGGAACAUUUCUCUUUCUUGCUGGUUCUGAGAAUCACUGUAGUAAAGAAAGUGUUGGUUUGAUUAGGGGAAGGUUGAACUCUUCAGAACACAUGGAUUUUCUGUGUCAUAGACAGAGGUGGUGGGGACAGAGGAAGAGGGAUGGCAAGUCGACACGUCGCAGGGCCAUGGGAUUUGGGAUACCCUAGGGAGGAGGAAGGGCAGAGAAUGGCCGGGGGGCCAGACUGGAAGACACUUGGAGCUGAGGUCAGAUUGCUCAUCCAUCGCUGCCCCACGUCUGCUCGAGGGGACCUGGAUUACAUCAUACAAGGCAAGUGUUUUUCUUCAGGCAGGUUCCCAAGACAAAGUCCCAGAAUUGUAUCUCAUACUUACCUGGGAUUAUGGACAAAUCUGUUAGUUUUGCAAAUUGUCCCCUGGACGUCAAUCAGCAUCAAGGGUCAUUACGGGGUUGGGGGGGGCGGAAUCCAGGUAAUGCAGUUCCUGGGCCCUAUGGAUAUGCUGAACUCAGAAGCAGAGGGUGGGAAUUAACCCUCUCCGGUCUGCCCCCUGGGUUCCUCCUCUCGCCUUCUUCCUAGAUCGUAUUUCUCCUUGGACAUUUGGCUAGACACCUUCCAGGUCAGGGCGCACAUAUCUGGAUUUUGGGUCUCUGCAGCCUUUGGGCAUUAUGGGUUUCCCCUCCUGACCCCCCGAGACCUUGUGCUCAUCUGGUGUUCCUGGAAGCAGGUGCUACAACGUGUGAGGCGUGCGGGGAAGUUGCACAAGUGCCACACAAUGACUUGGCCCCAGACGCAUAGACUGAGGUAUAAAGACAAAUACAAAUAUUACUCUCAAAAUCUUUGUAUAAAUAAAUAUUUUUGGGGAAUCUUGGAUCAUUUCAUUUUCUGGAAGAUUGUUUCUAAACAAUAAAAGCCUUAUUCUAAGGUGUAA